GAUGGCACAAAGGGGGUGGGGCGCCGAGUGACCAACGUUCCCACUCGGGUUUAGGGUUUAGAGCAGUUGGGGCUAAUUUCCGCUCGGUGGUGGCCGUUUAGAUUAAGUAGCCCUCAACUUUUUUCAGCCGACAGCCGUCGUCAUGUCCAACAACAAUGCCAGCAACAACUUAAUUACCGCUCAAAGGGCCGUGAAGCAGCUCCGGUUAGAGGCCAGUAUCCGGAGGAUCAAGGUGUCCCAGGCUGCUGCUGAGCUAAGGAACUUCUGUCUCCAAAAUGCCUCCAAGGACCCCCUCCUGGUCGGGGUCCCUUCCAGUGAUAAUCCCUUCAGACCCCCCAAGUCCUGUUCUCUGUUCUGAGCAAAAAGAAAGGUGGAGGAUUUCUGAAUUUACCCGUCGAAGGCUUUCUUUUCUUCUACUUGAUGUUGCUGUCGAUCGACCAGCAGCUCCUCUCGGGAUGAUGCACCAUGGGACUGAUGGGUUCGGGGGAAGGAACUGCUCCACUAGUUUGCCAAAUGAAAUGCUUUUUACUCCCAUCUGUUACAUUAAAGCAGGGCCAAACUCUACAUGUUAAAAACAAUUGUUAUUGACACUAACUUGACUAAUGAUUAAGCCGUUCUUGGGUUACCUAGUACUUACCAUGUCCAGUCUCAAUUUCUUGACCUAAUGGUGUCAGUCUCCAGUCACUAAAAUUCAACCCAUGUGAUUGGCUACUGAAAGUGUAACUUCCUCUUGUAUUUGGUGGGGCAGGUCAAACAUUAAUUUUAACCAGGUUCUGUUCAAGAACCACAACAUGUUGUGUUAUAUAUACACACGGUAUUGAAUUGUGUCUCUUUAGAAAACACUGUGUAUGUGGCCAACAAACCUACUGGUAGCUUUUGAAAUAAAUUGAUAAGUGUCUUCAACGAUUCAUGUAUUUAUGGCAAUGGUGAAGGUGUUCUACUACAAUUAUACAAGGUACAGCAACAUGGUACACACCCUAUGAGAGCAGGGCAUGGGAUUGCCCUUUCAUCCAGCCUUUUUUCUGUAUAUAGUUAACAGCCUGUUAAUGUUGUUUAUGUUAGCCUAUUUGUUCCUGUCUUUAAUUUAAAAAAAAAAAAAAAAACUAAAGCACAUCAAGGCCUUACCCUGUAAGAACCUUUAACCUAGUAGAACCUUUAAUGUAAAUCUCUUUAGAUACACAAAUGGCCAAACUGCAAAUGUUAAUAUAUCCGUUCAAAACUUCCAAAAUAUUUUAUGUAUUGAAUGAAUCAUGUUGCAGUGACUUGUAUUAAUAAUUUUCCACACUGGAAUCUUAUUCCAAUCAACCAAAACCUACUGUUUGCCUGUAUCUUUCUUAACUCUGCUACUGUGGGCAACCUUUUAAAAAUUAAACUACUUUUUCGGACACUGA